AUUAGUGAAACUUUGGGGCCAAAUCUGAUAAUAUUUGGUCCGUCCCCUCUCCCUGCAAGACCCCUCCGUCUGUCUAUGCGUCUGCAAAAAUCCCAAAUGGUUGUACCUCACGCGUUCGGUGUUGUACGCCCCGGUCCUGCUCCGUGGCUCCGUUCAGCACGCAGUGCAUACCCGUUUUACUUCUCUAGGAAAGAUCCAUUUUCCAUUUCAGGAAACGGGUCGUCCCGCUUGAAUCGGGUCCUCCGAGCUUCCCUUCAUUCCGGUUUUGUGACUAAUUCAGGCGAAGGAGCACAGGUUCCUGUUGAUCAAUCUGAAAUCAUUUUCGUAGGAACUGGAACUAGUGAAGGGAUCCCACGUGUGAGCUGCCUCACCAAUCCUGAUAAGAAAUGUCCAGUUUGCUCCAAGGCUAUAGAACCGGGUAAUAAAAAUAGGAGACUUAACACAAGCCUCCUUGUUCGCUUCGCCAGGCCAUCUGGAGAAUGUAACAUUCUUAUUGAUGCUGGCAAGUUUUUCUACCAUAGUGCUCUGAAGUGGUUCCCUACUUAUGGGAUAAGAACAAUUGAUGCGGUUAUUAUUACUCAUUCUCAUGCUGAUGCAAUUGGAGGUUUGGAUGAUCUACGUGAUUGGACAAACAAUGUUCAGCCUUCCAUUCCAAUUUAUACAGCAGAGCGUGAUUUUGAGGUGAUGAAGAAAACUCACUAUUACUUGGUGGAUACAAGUGCCAUCAUACCUGGGGCUGCCGUUUCAGCAUUGCAAUUUAAUAUAAUAAAAGAAGAACCAUUCAUAGUAGAUGAUCUUCAGUUCACUCCUUUACCGGUAUGGCAUGGCCGUGGUUAUCGUUCUUUAGGUUUUCGUUUUGGCAAUAUUUGUUACAUUAGUGAUGUUAGUGAAAUACCUGAAGAUACUUAUCCUCUUCUCGAGAAUUGUGAAAUCCUUAUUAUGGAUGCCCUGAGACCAGAUCGAUCUUCUUCAACUCAUUUUGGACUUCCAAGAGCUUUAGAGGAAGUCAGAAAAAUCCGACCCAAACGAACACUAUUCACUGGUAUGAUGCAUUUGAUGGAUCAUGACAAAGUCAACGAAGGCCUCGUUAAGUUGAAGGAGGCGGAAGGCCUCGACGUGCAACUCAGCUACGACGGGCUCCGUCUACGAGUAACCCUAUAGACUCUCUACUUUCUCAAGUUUUUGCAAUUCUCAGCCUCAUUCCUUGUCAUUUAAACAUGAAAAUAUCAUAUUCUGAAGAGCAUCUUCCUUAUGGUGUUGAGGUACUUCGUUCUGGAAAGCUCAUCCUAAGAUAUCUUUUAUGCUGUCUUAAAAGGUCAUGAACUUGGAAUUGAAGUUGAUAGUGAGAGAUGUUCUCAUCAAUUGCAAAUAAAUAUUAAUUAGCUACCAAAAUUCCUUUGUU